CGCCCCACAAGCGCGGCCCUCCGGCCUUUUCCCCGGCCCUGCACGCCGCUCGGACCCUCUAGUCCCCCGCUAGACCCUGCCCGUGAUUGCAGGCUUCUAGACGCGGAGACUCCGCCCCGCGCGCGCUCUCGAGUAGCCAUGGCUCCACUCCGCUUCUCGGCCAACGUGUCGUGGUUGUUCCCGGAGCUCUCGGGCUUUCCCGCGCGGCUCCGGGCCGCGGGCAGUUCGGGCUUCGAAGCGGCCGAGAUCGGCUGGCCGUAUGCGGAGCCGCCGGAGGCGCUGGCGCGCGCGGCGCGGGAAGCCGGGCUACAAGUCGUGCUAAUCAACAUGCCCCCGGGAGACAGAGAGAAGGGGGAGAAUGGGCUGGGGGCUGUUCCCGGGAGGCAGGCGGCCUUCCGAGAAGGGCUGGAGCAGGCGGUGCUGUACGCUAAGGCUCUGGGCUGUUCCAGGAUUCACCUGAUGGCUGGCCGAGUGCCCAAGGGGGCUGACAGAGCCGCGGUCAGGGGUGAAAUGGAGACAGUUUUCCUGGAGAACCUCAGGCACGCAGCUGAGGUUUUGGCUCAGGAGAACCUCGUGGGACUGCUGGAGCCCGUAAACACCCGCAUCACGGAUCCCCGGUACUUCCUGGACACGCCCCAGCAGGCGGCAGCCAUCUUACAGAAGGUGGGAAGACCCAACCUCCAGCUACAGAUGGACUUAUUCCACUGGCAGAUCAUGGACGGGAACCUGACGGGGAACGUGCGUGAGUUCCUGCCCAUUGUUGGGCACGUGCAGGUGGCACAGGUCCCGGAUCGGGGGGAACCCGACAGCCCCGGAGAGCUCAACUUCUCGUAUCUGUUCCAACUGCUGGAAGAUGAAGGAUACACAGGCUUCGUGGGCUGCGAGUACCAGCCUCGAGGUGAGGGUGGGCUGAGCCUGGCCCCUGGAGGGACAGUGUCGGACAGGGGCUGUCUUCCUCCUCAUGGGCUGAGAUGCCUCGCGCCCUGCUCCCCUCAGGAGACACAGUAGAGGGCCUGAGUUGGCUGCGUUCAUACUGGGAGAUGAGGGGCCGCCUGCAGGCUGGCCAGUGAGGUCCUGCGCUCCAGCCACACGCCUCUGGGACGGUGAGCAGCGCCACUGAGUCUCCUAAUAAAGACAACCCGCUGAACGUU